GAGCACGGUUCAAAAGAUUCAAUCGGAAUGGACUAUAUUUUAAUAAUUUUGGUUAUAAUGCUGGCCUCGGCGUGUUCCCUUCAAGUCGGUUCAAAAACAAAGACCACCAAAGCACCUUUAAAAGAGGUUUUACCCACUAAUGCAACUCAAAUUGCCAAUGUGACAAUUGCCCCAGCUCCGGAAAAACUGGCGGAAGUGCACAUCGAUCAGCACAAAACAAUCCGGAUUAGUAAGGGUGAUUUGGAUGAUCUACUGGACGUCUAUAUGGGGAGAAUAGCUGAAAGUGCCGCCACUAUAAAGGAUAAGGAAAACGAGAUUAACAAACUGCAGACCAAGGACCAAACUGACGACGAACUGCUGAAGAAAUUUGAAAACCUCACACAGGUGUGCAAUGCUCAGAAUUCUUCAUUUGCGACUACUAUCAAAGAUAAAGACGAAAAGAUCAAGGAACUGGAGCAGAAAGUCAAGAUCUACGAAACGCGAAUGAAGCGGAAACAGCAUGUUCUGACGGAGCUGAGAAAGCAGAAUACUUCUAGCGCCCUACUGAUUGCUCAUCUCAAAGGAAAGGUUGUGUAUUUCGAGGGGAAAUUCCGGGAGAAGAAGGACGAUCUGCUGGCGGAUUGGGAGGCGGCCACCACGACCUGCGUGCCCUACGGUACUUACCCCGGAAUCCACUUGAUCCACCUGCCAGGAUUCCUGCCCUUUUUGGCAGCCUGUGAGGGUCAAACUGCCGCCGGACCCGGCUGGAUGUCCAUUCAGAGACGGCUGGACGGAUCCGUAAACUUCUACCGCAACUGGGAUGCCUACAGCAAGGGUUUUGGUAAACUUAAUGGCGAGUUCUUUAUCGGAUUGGAGAAACUGCACCGCCUGACCAUUUCCCAGCCGCACGAGCUUUACAUCAGCAUCAGGAGAUUCGGCGGCGAGACGAGCUAUGCCCACUACGACGACUUCCUUAUCGGCAGUGCGGAGGAAGGCUACGAGCUGAAGCUACUGGGUCACUAUCAGGGAAACGCGAGCGAUGCGUUGCGCACCCACGACAAGAUGAAGUUCUCGACCUUCGACCGGGACAACGAUGCAUUCACGCACAUGAACUGUGCGGAGCACCAUCAAGGAGCCUGGUGGUACGACUUCUGUUCCCGAAGCAAUUUGAAUGGAAAAUACUUCAAGGGCGAGGUUGAUAACCCGCAGAGCGUAUACUGGGAGCCCUGGUACAGCUUUCGAUCCCUGAAGUCCGUGCAGAUGCUCAUCCGCCCCAAGAGCCAAAGGGAGCUAAAGGACCUGCCCAAGGCAAAGCGAACGCCGCGGGAUCCAAGAUAAUUGCUAAUUAUUUGCUACAACCGAGUGCCC